UGAUGAGGUUUUGCUGUUUGCAUGUUGAGGUCAGUUACAUUUUAGCUUAAUUCUGUUGCUGCAGAAUACAUACCAAAAAAAUAAAUCUGCUUCCAAUUUGUGCACAGCGAGUCUUUCACUUCUCUUGCAGCACAAAACUGGAUGGCUCGAACUCUCGAUUUCUCUUUUUUAGAGCUGAGCUGAAGUAAAUUAAACCGCCGAGUUAAUCCGCGGUUACUAAAAGCACUUGAAUGCGUCAGACAAAGUGGCACUUUACGACUUCCGAAAUUGGAAAUUAAGAGGUUUUAUGACGAGGAAGCACUUGAAGGCAACAUCUCGACCUGACCCAGAAGCGCGCUCCCGGCGUUACGUGGCUACUCCCCCUCCGCUCCGUGCGUGCGCGCCCCCUGGUAUCGCGUGGUGGGGAUCAUCCAUAUUGCUGCUAGUGGUGGAGAUCAGCCUGUAAUCCUGAGAGGCCUCGGACACGUUUCUUUAUUUUUUACAUGUUUUAACCGAGCGCCGACCGCUCCGCGUCUUCGACUGAAGCCCUUUGGUCCGGGAGCGACCGAGGAGCGGCACCACCCCGCCGAGAAACUUCACAUUCCCCCGAAAGUGAAGGCGAAUUCGGGCCGGGAAGGGGAGGACUGGUAAUCCUGAGGGGGGAGAAGAAAGACGGUGGUGGGAAAUGGCCACUCAGGUGGAGGCUCUCCUGCCCGGCAACCCGCUCGCCAAGGCGGAGGAGCACGGCAAAGUGAUCCGCGGUGAGCCGGAGGAGGAGGAGCAGGGCGGCCGGGGCGACGGGGCCAAGCGGCAGACGGGUGUCGCCGAGCAGGGGAACAGCAGCAGCAGCGGCGGCAGCAGCCCCGCACAGGGAGGGACCCCCGGAGCGGAGGAGCAGACCUCCAAACGGGCGACGGAGGAGGGCAGGGGAGGCGGUGACAGCGACGACAAGCCCAGCGAGGAGGGCGUCAAAGGCAGAAAGGAGUUUACCGAGGCUCCCCCGCCCAAGGUGAACCCGUGGACUAGGAAAAUGAAUGCGGUGACCGUGGUCAGCGUGAACGGACAAGCACACCACGAGUCGACCGGCCCGGCCAAGGUGGUGAAAGCAGGGAACCCACCCAAAGCCAGACGUGGCGGAAAGGUUGGAGAUUUCGGCGACACCAACAGCUGGCCGACUCCAGGGGAGAUUGCAACGAAAGACAUGCAGAUCGAGGCAGUGACACGGACCGUGUCCUGCCCGCCGACUGUCAGGCAGGUCAGAGACUCAUGGAGAUUCACUGGCCCCAAAAGGACGACGGCUAAGAAGGAGUCGAAGGAGAAGAGGGAGAGCAAUGAGGAGAGCAAGGAGAACCUGAAGGCCAAGUCCGACGACUCGGGAGAGGAGAAGAACGGCGACGACGACUCCCAGAAGAACGGGCCGAAGAAAAAAGGAAACAAGCAGAAGUGGGUUCCUCUGAUGAUCGAGGUGAAGUCGGAGGGUCCGCGGGAGCGCUCAGCCUCCAGGAACAACAGCAGGCAGAACGAGAACCCCCGUCUGCCCCCCAACGCCAGGAACGACCUCAGAGACUGGCACAGUCAGAAGUACGAGCGGGAGUGGCGCGACGACCACGACGAGGUGUCCAGCGUGAAGAGCGAGGGGGCGCCGUUCCGCGGAGGGUUCAGGGGUCGCGGACGUGGAAGAGGACGAGGCCGGGGACGAGGCCGAGGCGGCGGCAGAGGCCACUAUGACUACCACUACGGCUACAAGUCCUACGACAUGAAAGACGGACCCUACGGGCAGAAGUUCAGCAACUCGGUGACCUACUACUACGACAACAUGAGCAGCAACGACCUUUACUCCGUCGAUCAGGACCUGCUGAAGGACUACAUCAAGAGGCAGAUCGAAUACUACUUCAGUCUGGACAACCUGGAGCGCGACUUCUUCCUGCGGAGGAAGAUGGAUCAGGAGGGUUUUCUGCCCAUCGGCCUCAUCGCCAGCUUCCACAGAGUGCAGGCCCUCACCACCGACAUCAACCUCAUUCUGGAAGCUUUGAAGGACAGUAAAGAAGUGGAGGUGAUCGACAUGAAGAUCCGUCGGAAGGUGGAUCCAGAGAAGUGGCCACUGCCGGGCCUGAAUGUGCCUAAUCACACCCACACCGACUUCUCCCAGCUCAUCAACUGUCCCGAGUUCGUGCCCAGACAGGCGACCGAGGAGCCCAGAGGGUCUCCCAGAGCCUCCACACCAGUGCAGCAUCGCACCAAGACUGACUCAGACAUCUCCAACCUCAAGACGAUGCCCAAGGGCCUCUCCGCCAGCCUCCCCGACCUGGACUCAGAGUCCUGGAUCGAGGUCAAGAAGAGGCCCAGACCUUCCCCAGCCAGACCCAAGGUCAGCAUGGAGAAGGCCCCCUCAUUGCAGCAGCAACAACAACAGCAGCAACAGCAGAAGGAAAAAGAAGAUGUGAUUCGCUCCCCGGUGCCUCAGCCCGGCUCCUCGCCCUCCCCUGCUACCUCAGGAAACAAGGACGGAGCAGAACAAGACGAACCGGAGGAGCUGGACUUCAUGUUUGACGAGGAGAUGGAGCAGAUGGACGGACGCCGCAACACCUUCACCGACUGGUCGGAUGAGGACACGGACGGCGAGAUUGACGACCACGACGUCAACAAGAUCCUGAUCGUGACGCAGACGCCACCGUACCUGAGGAAGCACCCGGGAGGCGACCGCACAGGACACCACACGUCUCGCGCCAAGCUGACCAGUGAACUGGCCAAAGUGAUCAACGACGGGCUCUUCUACUACGAGCAGGACCUGUGGGACGACACGUACGAGCCGGAGUACGCCACCAUCAAGCAAGAGGUGGAGAACUUCAAGAAGGUCCACUUGAUCAGCCGCGAACAGUUUGACUGCUUGACCCCUGAACCCCCAGUCGACCCCAACCAGGAAGUCCCACCAGGUCCCCCACGCCCCCAGCAGAUCCCCACAGAUGCUUUGGCAAACAAACUCUUCGGUGCCCCCGAGCCCUCCUCGAUAGCUCGCUCACUCCCAACUACCGUGCCUGACUCGCCCAACUACCGCAGUGCCCGGACGCCGCGCACACCUCGCACGCCUCACCGGAAAGACCAGACCAUGACGCCGCGCUUCUACCCGGUGGUGAAGGAAAGUCGGCCCGUCGAUGCCAAGACGCCCAGAAAGAGGAAGACCCGACACAGCUCCAACCCGCCCAUGGAGUGUCACGUCGGCUGGGUGAUGGACUCCAGAGAGCAUCGCUCCCGUACCGCCUCCGUCAGUUCCAAUGCGAGUCCGUCAGAGGGAACUCCUGCUCUGGGCAACAUCGGCUGCACGCCUCAGUCCCUCCCCAAGUUCCAGCACCCGUCACACGAGCUGCUCAAGGAGAACGGCUUCACGCAACACGUUUACCACAAGUAUCGCCGGCGCUGCCUAAAUGAGCGGAAGCGGCUGGGAAUUGGCCAGUCACAGGAGAUGAACACACUCUUCCGCUUCUGGUCAUUUUUCCUGCGAGAUCACUUCAACAGGAAGAUGUACGAGGAGUUCAGGCAGCUGGUGGUCGAGGACGGGAAAGAAGGAUACAGGUACGGUUUGGAGUGCUUGUUCAGGUACUACAGCUACGGUCUGGAGAAGAAGUUCAGGCCGGACAUCUUCAAGGACUUCCAGGAGGAAACCACAAAAGACUACGAAGCUGGCCAGCUUUACGGUCUGGAGAAGUUCUGGGCUUUCCUCAAAUACUCUAAAGCCAAGACCUUGGAGAUCGACCCCAAGCUGCAGGAGUAUCUGAGCAAGUUCAAACGUCUGGAAGACUUCAGAAUUGACCCGCCGAUGGAGGAAGGAGGCCGCAGAAGACACUCGUCCAGCGGGGACGGUCGCCGCCGGCAUCCCUCUCUGCCAUCCAGCCGGCCCCACAGCCAGGCCAGCUCCGGCCCCACCGCCAAGGACGAUGCCAAACCCAGCAGCCAGAAAGCCCCCGCCUCCACCGCCGACCCCGCCCCAGAUGCCAAGACACUGAAGUAACUCCACAAACACUCGGAUCAACUCAACCACGUCUGCAAGUCGCCGGUUCUCUCUGCGCCACAGGAAGGGGAGGGGCAUCCAGUUCUUCAUUCAAGCAUGAGUUUCAGUUUUUUUACUUCUUUUUUUUUUUGCCUCUGGCAACUUUUGAGAAAUAAGGAGGAUAAAUAAUUAAUACGGCUCAGUUUAUCGAUUAUUUUGAAGAACUUUUUGUCUUAAUGAGGCAAUGAACAGAUGAGGUGUCAAACACUUAUUUUUCUUUACAAACGUUUCCAGUCCACACGGUGGAUGGUUUUGAUUUAAUAUCUUGGAUAUUAUUUUUUUUUCUUCAUGUUGACCCCCCUCUCUGUCACUGGGACCCUCUUUGAUCGUCACUGUCCUGCUGGCUGGAACAUGUUUGAUUCCUCGCCCAGAUCUCAGAUUAAUGAUUAUUAUUUCCGCAGCGUGAGGUGCGAUUGGAGACGUGGAAAUAGUUUGAAAACGACUGAGUAUCUGUUGCGGCCCGCCGGUGGCCGCACUGCUCCCGACAUCCAGCCGGACCAAAGUGGUUUGAACCGAGCGACAUUUCCAUCCGCAGGGCCCCGAGUGCUCUCAGUCGAGGGGCUAAAAAUGAGAAAUAUUUGAUUUACUUUAUGGCUGGACAUCGAGGGGAAAAUAGUAAAGAACCAAAUGAUUAAAAAAAAGAGAGAAAAGACUUGUAUCAACCCCUCACUUUGGACAAGAUCAUUGAAAGUUGCCUUAUUUUAAUGGUUUUACUGCUUCUAACUCGUGCCCGCCACCUUAUCGUCGAUUGUACAGCAUCAAAAUCACCCGUAUAUCUCGUCACCGUUUCCAGCAGCCGCCACCAGGUGGCGCUUCGCCUGCCAAACUGUUGUCCAUCCCCCCCUUCACUCCCCUCCGUCACCUUUUCUGAACUGUCUUCCAAGUGUCAUUCAGUCUGUUACAAGUCCUGUAAUUCUUCCCCGUGUUUGCAAGUCGUGGCUUUUUGUGCUGAAACACGUCAACCUGAUGGAAGUGCGUCGCCUUUUCCUCCCACCCGACCAGAAAAAAAGAAGAAAAAGAAAAAACUGCAGCGAGGUGGAGAGUCAGAAGGGAGAUGAUCUUCCUUUGGGUGCUUCCUGACUUUCCUCCUCCGCCUCCCCGGUCAGACGAGCUGCAUCCAUCCGUUCAUCCAUCCAUCCAUCAGUCGACCAUCAGCGACGCUACAGGACUGGAAUCAUCAAUCUGGAUUACUUGAAGAAGCGAUGGUGAUGAGGAGGGCCGUCGUGCUCCGUCGCAGGUGCUCUGGGUGGAGACACUAACAAGGCUCAGACAUUUUUUGGCCUCUGGCUUCACCGUUUGACCGAAGUUCGCUCGGCCGACCCGCUGCUCCACAAGGCCUGAUCGGGCCUCACGGCUUCCCACCUCUUCUGGUUUCACACAAGCAUCAGUUCCAGGCAGGUACAGAUGUAGCGCCGGCUGAAACCUCCACGUCCUGCCUCGCUGGGGACGAAAACUCAAGACUGAAUUGUUUGUUCACACUCUUCCUUCAGUGUGGAUUAUAAAGUCUUUCUCUGACUCCAGAACUGAUGAUAUCAAACAGAAGAGUGAUUUUUUUUUCUUCCUCCUCCACUAAUGUAAAUGUGAAUUUGACAGAUGAAGAGAAAUGAUUACAGCUCCCUGCUACUUGUUUUAUUGUUUAUAGAACAGAUGAUAUAUUUGCCUUACAAGUGUACGUACGCUAACGUUUUCUUUUUUUUUCUCCCUUUUUUAAAAAAAGAAAUGGUCUCAUGAUUAUCUUAAUGCUUUUUAAUUUGCUGUGUUUCUAGUGUUAAGCUGGAGGUGGGCUUCGUGUCAGGCUGUUAAAACGACUGUGGAUUUCAGAAACGGGAACAAAGUUCACAACGCAAAAGGGAAAGUUGACAUCAGGUCUUCAGUGUAAAAGCUAAAAUCUGCAAGCCGAUAGUGUUUCAUGUUGAAAUCAGUUAACUUUACGCCAAAUUGAGAGCAAACAUUUCCAACGAUGAGCUGUUACAAUCGCUUCCACUGAUUAUUAAAGCUUCAGCCUCCAGUUUUUCUACAAGUAGUUUGUGUUCAAAGUCUAAAAGAAAAAAGAAAAAAAAAGCAUAAAAACGAUUUAAAUUUUGGGGUUUGAAUUGAACUAGUAGUUGGUAAAGUUCUGAAAACUAAAUCAUAAGUCUUAAAACACACAUGGAAAUCCACAUGUGAAAGUAAAUGACCUAUUCUCUGUCUCUCUAUCCUGUUGUUGGUUGCUUUUUUUUUUUUUUUUUUUGCUUCCUUUUGAGGAAUUAGUUGGAAAAAGCCUGACACAUUUAGAUGAAGCUGUAUUUGGACACCUGUGCCUGUUUCUUUCUUUUCUUUAAGUCUUUGCUAAUAAGGAUUCAGCCUGUUUUGAUGUUCCAGAGGUUGGAUGUCACGUUGUCCUGUCAGUGUUUUUCAGUUUCUUCCUUGAAAUCCAGAAGUUGUUGGACAUGAAAAUGCAAAGUGAAGCUGUAUUUGCUUUUUUUUUUUUUUUUUUCCUCUUCCUUUUAAGUUUUUGUUGGUUUAUCUUCAGGGAGAUUUGGAUCAGUUUCAGAGGCGCACAGUCGAUGCAUCAAAGUGUUUACUGGAGGUUUAAAGAUGGAAAAAAACUAAGAGCUACAACAUAUUCAGAACAGAAAACUCACCGUGAAACCGGCAAAGCUGGACGCAGACACCCCCGCCUCAUGGGGGGGCCUUUUUUCCUUGGAUCCUCCCUCUAAUGUGAUUAUCACCUGCCACCACCUGUCACUGGACAUUUUGGGGGAUUCAGGUGGUUUUGGGAGUUUUCAGCCUUCUCUAUCAGCAUUGAACUGCUGCUAGCUGUCCAAACAAACUCUAGGGGGCGCCGCCUGCUCCGCUCGCCAAGUUUUAAACCGGCUUGGACGGACGGACGGACACUGGAGAGAUGAAAGUCGGACGUUGGGGAAGGAAAGGAGGAGCAGAAAACGAGAAAGGAAAGAGAGGAAGAGCCCGACUGGGGUUUGCGAUGUUGCUCAGAGGAAUAUGGCUGGUUAUGAUGUCUGGAGACUGAAAAAAAAAAAAAAAAAGGACAAAAUUCCAUAAAGCCAUAUGAAUAAGAAAUAACUGUAUAUGAACCAUUUAAAUAGUUCAUUACAUUACAAUAUCGUAGGCUUGUCAUGAGGAAAAAAAGAUGAAAACGAGGAAAAAUGGAACAAAAAAAAUAUAUAAAAUGGAAAAAUGUAAAAUACUUGAAUGAGAUCUUGUAUUAUAACAUUUAAUAUUCAUAAUAUCUGCUUUGUAGGCUGACGUGAUUCGCUAUUAGUGUUAUUUGUAAUUUGUAGUAAUUAUGCUUUUCCUUAAUAAAGAAAAAAAACACAAAAUGGACAAAAAAACCUCAAAA